AUGCCGACUGACAUUAUCCAUAUUCCACGCAUCGCACCCUUCCAUCCCGGCGCGCCGGUCGUCCUCGAUGAGGCGCCGGUGCUUCUGCAUCGAUUUCGACUUCGUCGCUCUCAGAUGCGCAAUGCUGAGCGCUUGCUGAUGGUACCCUUCCGGCGUCAACCUGGUACCAUCAAAAACAGCUCAACCACAUGCCUCGUCGAAGGCAGGGUUGUAUCGCUAACAUCUUCUUGCCCCUUCUUCCCUCUCUCUUUCUUUCGAUCUGCAUCGUGGAGCCUGCCAGUUCUCGACUCGCGGUCUCCGUGUGACCCUCCUGUUCCCCAAUCACCGUUUCUUUGGCCUCCCAUGGAGGUUCGAGUAUUAUUUCGCGCUGCAUCUUCGUCCUGGCCAACUCCAAUGGAGGUUCGAGUAUUGUUGCACAUCCCCCAUACAUCGCUCUUCUUCCCCGCCACUUCGGACUUUUGGAAUUCCUGUAGGAACAUUUCGGAGUUCUUGCAUCAGUGCCGUUGGUGUUUCGGUCGCACACGAUCGCACGCAUGGACCAGCGCCGUCAAAUUGGCCAUCACAUCGUUCCUCGAGACGCCUGUGCGUUGUGAAACAUGGGCGCUGUUGCCUCCAAUCAUCAGAAAUCGACGACCUCGUACGCCGCCCACAUUAUCGAAAUGUAGCGUCUUCACGACGGUCUCUGCGACAGUCUCCGCGACAGUCACUGACGAUUGA